GAUCGACGCUUAACGUCAGCCCAUCUAGGUAUAUUAGGGGAUCGACGCUUAACGUCAGUCCAUCUAGCUAUAUUAGGGGUCGACGCCUAACGUCACCCCAUCUAGCUAUAUUAGGGGGGAUCGACGCUUAACGUCAGCCCAUCUAGGUAUAUUAGGGGGGAUCGACGCUUAACGUCAGCCCAUCUAGCUUUUUUAGUGGUCGACGCUUAACGUCAGCCCAUCCAGCUUUUUUAGUGGUCGACGCCUAACGUCAGCCCAUCUAGCUUUUUUAGUGGUCGACGCUUAACGUCCACCCAUCUAACUAUAUUAGUGGUCGACGCCUAACGUCGAAUUUGGGCAACGACUGAAUUUGUCCUUCCGUCCGGUUAUUUACCCUGUUAUACAGCGUCAGUUGCCCAGUUGGGGGCAAACUCGGGGAAGAUUAGCAUUUUCCAACAUUGCUUGUAAUUCUCUCGGAGUGAGGAUGGCGCUGAAAAGGAUCCACAAGGAGCUGAAUGAUCUGGCUCGUGACCCUCCAGCACAGUGCUCAGCAGGACCAGUGGGAGAUGACAUGUUUCAUUGGCAAGCCACGAUCAUGGGACCUAAUGACAGUCCAUAUCAGGGGGGCGUUUUCUUCCUGACCAUUCAUUUCCCGACAGACUAUCCUUUCAAACCUCCUAAGUUAGCGUUUACCACAAGAAUUUACCACCCCAAUAUUAACAGUAAUGGCAGUAUCUGUUUGGAUAUUCUCAGAUCACAGUGGUCGCCAGCUUUAACUAUUUCUAAAGUUCUGCUCUCCAUUUGCUCCCUGUUAUGUGAUCCCAACCCAGACGACCCUCUAGUACCAGAGAUCGCACGCAUCUAUAAAGCAGAUAGUGACAAAUACAGCAGAAUAGCAAGAGAAUGGACGCAGAAAUACGCCAUGUGAUGACUGGUCUGAACAGAUCAUCGGAAGGAGAACGUCGUUGUAGCUGGAGUCAACUUCAAUUGCUUGUUUUCAUUAUUUUGUUCAUUUUGUUAUUGAAUUAGACUCAUAUUGCCCCCAUUUUCACUCCUUCAUUUAUGUGCUAUUAAAAAGAUAGUGUUUGUUGCUCGGACAGUCAAUGUGUGUACUAGUUUAAUUUAAGUGCUGGAAAAAACACAACAUUUUAAUGUAAGUCUUUCAUGGGUUCUGAACUCUUCAUGUUGAGCAUGCAACAACAGUAUACGGCCGUGCCGACUGGCCUCUUGGUUAUCAGACUAAACCACUAGACUGCGUUCCAUCCAUGUUAUUCUGAGGACGUUGAAGACACCUGACCAAACCGGACAGACGUGUCUCUUCAGGAUACACCAACUGGUGUGUGAUGUUGUUGGCUGUGGCAGUCUAUUCCCUAUAUACACUACUUUUAACCAGAGAUUUUCUAGGGGAAUAUCCCUGUGGAUCCUGUUCUACUAGGGGAAUAUCCCUGUAGAUCCUGUUCUACUAGCGGAAUAUCCCUGUGGAUCCCGGUCUACUAGGGGAAUAUCCUGGUCUACUAGGGGAAUAUCCUGGUCUACUAGGGGAAUAUCCUGGUCUACAGGGGAAUAUCCUGGUCUACUAGGGGAAUAUCCCUGUGGAUCCCGGUCUACUAGGGGAAUAUCCCUGUGGAUCCCGGUCUACUAGGGGAAUAUCCCUGUGGAUCCCGGUCUACUAGGGGAAUAUCCCUGUGGAUCCCGGUCUACUAGGUGAAUAUCUCAGUGGAUCCCGGUCUACUAGGGGAAUAUCCCUGUGGAUCCCGGUCUACUAGGUGAAUAUCUCAGUGGAUUCCGGUCUACUAGGGGAAUAUCCUGGUCUACUAGGGGAAUAUCCCUGUGGAUCCUGGUCUACUAGGGGAAUAUCCCUGUGGAUCCCGGUCUACUAGGGGAAUAUCCUGGUCUACUAGGGGAAUAUCCCUGUGGAUCCCGGUCUACUUGGGGAAUAUCCCUGUGGAUCCCGGUCUAUUAGGGGAAUAUCCCUGUGGAUCCCGGUCUACUAGGGGAAUAUCCCUGUGGAUCCCGGUCUACUAGGGGAAUAUCCCUGUGGAUCCCGGUCUACUAGGGGAAUAUCCCUGUGGAUCCCGGUCUACUAGGGGAAUAUCCCUGUGGAUCCCGGUCUACUAGGGGAAUAUCCCUGUGGAUCCCGGUCUACUGGGGGAAUAUCCCUGUGGAUCCCGGUCUACUGGGGGAAUAUCCCUGUGGAUCCCGGUCUACUGGGGGAAUAUCCCUGUGCAUCCCGGUCUACUGGGGGAAUAUCCCUGUGGAUCCCGGUCUACUGGGGGAAUAUCCCUGUGGAUCCCGGUCUACUGGGGGAAUAUCCCUGUGGAUCCCGGUCUACUGGGGGAAUAUCCCUGUGGAUCCCGGUCUACUGGGGGAAUAUCCCUGUGCAUCCCGGUCUACUGGGGGAAUAUCCCUGUGCAUCCCGGUCUACUGGGGGAAUAUCCCUGUGCAUCCCGGUCUACUGGGGGAAUAUCCCUGUGGAUCCCGGUCUACUGGGGGAAUAUCCCUGUGGAUCCCGGUCUACUGGGGGAAUAUCCCUGUGGAUCCCGGUCUGAAUUCGAUGCCAUUUCGAUGGCAGCAGUGUUAUGCUUUUUAAUAUUGUUUGCGACACAUGGGCCUGAGAGAAUAUUUACCACCUCAUAUCCAAAUGUGUGAACAGACAAACAAAUGCUGCUCGGUAUGUCAACAAACGGCAACAAACAAAAAAAGAAAUGUAAUGUAUUUUAUGCAUGUUAUAGGAAUAGGUUGGAUGUUACCCAUAGGAAGUGGAUGGUAAAAUGGGGAAAUUAUUCAAUGAAAGCUUUCUAUCUUUGAUGAUUAUAAUUUUAUUAUUUUUAGAAGUUGAGAGCUUAUAGUUAGGUCACCUACCUAAACACUGUCUUGUAGCCCUGAGACGUGACGCAGAGCUAUUGGUUCAACUAUCUACUGGUGCCUCUGGCGUCUUGGUUUUUUGUUGUUGAGUUUUCCCAUCAAUAAAGGUAAAUCAUAAACACUU